AUGCCGCUUUCAACUCGUAUCAGGUACUCCUUUUCUCCCCGCGACGGCGGGACGACGGCCGAGACCCUCACCGAUGACCUCCUGCUCGAAAUCAUUUCGCGCUCCCUGGCCGGCUUCUUCUGCACCGGCACCAGCAAGAAGCGCUUCCAGGAGUUCGCUCUCCACUUCUUCAACUUCUCGGGGACCCGAGGCUGGCCCUCCUUGGACUUCCUGCCCCAGCUGCCAAUCCAUCUCCUCGAUUGCUGCAACGGUCUCCUCCUCUGCCGCUGCUAUGGCGCCUCCGCCCAGGCCAACGAUGGGUUUCAGUAUGUCGUCUGCAACCCUGCCACGGAAGAGUGGAUCGCGCUGCCGGACGAUCCCGGCCACACCCAGGCCGGUGAUGACGUGGGGGCCAUGGUGCGUCUGGGUUUCAAUCCGGCCGUGUCUUCCCACUUCCAUGUGUUUGUGUUGCUGAUGGAUGACAGCUUCAUCUCCGGAGUGGAUGUGUAUUCUUCAGAGACUGGGAGAUGGGUUCAUAAGGAGAAGGGGUGGAACGGAGAUGUUGCACUUGCUAAUCCUCAGAAGGCAACUGUCUUCCUCAAAGGUUAUGAUGGCUUUAUUCAGCACUCGCAGGGCCGCCUGCAUUAUGCCAGUUUUGCUGAUGAAGUCAAAGAUGACCGGCUAGUAGUUUAUGUUCUCGAGGACUAUGGCAGUAAAGAAUGGGUGUUGAAGCAUACAGUUAAAAUUUCGGACAUGUUUGGUAGCGAGAGGUGUGUCAAUGACUAUAACGUGGCCUUUGAUUGGAUUGCUAUUCAUCCAGAAUGUAACGUCAUCUUCUUCACCGUGGGGUUCGAUACACCAUUCAUGUGUUACAAUAUGGAUAGUGAGCGAACCAGAAUGCUCUGCACUCUUGAAAAUGGCCACUCAUCAUAUCUGCCAUAUGUGCCGAUGUACUCGGAGUUGCAAUCUUUGCACAUGUGA